AUGCUAGCGAGAGGUGCUGUUGCGCCUUAUAUCGGCACUCCUCUUCUCAUACUCUUUUUCAUUGUCUGGCGAGCUCACCAUGAACCGUCGACUUGGAAUACCUUCAAAAUAAAGCUCUCAGCAUCUUCAUCUUUUGGAUCAGGACAAGUUACGCAGCAAGGCGCCCUUCAGAAAGUCCUGCCAGGCGAACCGACGAACGUCAGUCCGGAGCAUCUUCCUCACAAGGAGCUAGUAUCAGUAACAACAUCCAAUGGGAAAUACUUUCCAAUUGUUUUUGGAGACAAAGGAGCAAUCAAUCCCAGCAUUCUAGCCCACCCACAGCUGAAUGAUACAUACAUUAUUGUAGCUCAGCAGCAGCGGAGCAAUAUCAACAACACAGUCUGGUUUGCCCAGCUAGUCUGCAAUGCCAACUUCACAAACGAUGUCCUCGCUUGUACCGAAUCACCUACUAUCCUUCCUAUCGCAGCAACGUACGGGGACAAAUGCAAAGAUGAGCUAGUUUUCUUCAACUUCAACAUCGGGCCUCACGAUGGCCGAGCCUUCUACGGACCAAAGGGCGCAUACGUGCUCUUUGGCUCCAAUUCGCACUACACGUGCUUCGGACAAUGGAUGCAAGACUUGCGUGUCCUAACGGACUGGGGUAUCGAAUGGCGAGGAGAUGACUUCCGCUCCGCAGUCGAACUCCGCCGGCACAAACCCUACGGCCGGGUCGAGAAGAACUGGUUCGUAUUCUGGGACAGAGACGGAGAGAUGUACGUGCACUGGGACAUCCAACCCAAACGGUCCUUCGCAAAACUCCGACCAGAUGGCACAGUCGGCCCAGAUCUCGCAAAGUACGCAAGGAGUGAUAAACAGUGUAUGGCUCAGUACAUGCCUCGAACCGGGCCUGCGAUGGAAGACAACCACCAGGCGACUAACUCGCUCGCCAUCACGACCUGCAAGCGCUCUGAUCCGAACUGCAAGUCCGAUGACUCAAAUACCUUCAUAAUCAACAUCUUCCAUUUCAAGAGCUAUCACUACUUCCAUGGCGUCUACGAGCCAUACGUCAUGCUCUUCCAGCAACACUCAUCUCUUGCUAUCCACGCUAUCGGCGCGAAACCGCUUUGGAUCAAUGGGAGGAAGAAAGCUGGAGAAACCAAGUUCCCAGCCACGUAUAACGAGACAGUCUUCGGGCCGUGGAAUCAGACUGAGAUGGUGUAUGUGACUUCGAUUAGCUGGAAAGCUCAUGGCUCGAGGUAUCAUGGAUAUGCGGAUGAUAUUAUGUUCCUGGGCUUUGGCAUCGAGGAUGAGACGACGGGUGGAAUUGAUAUCGUUGCUGGCGAUUUACUUGCGGAUUUGAACCUUUGCCAGACGCCGAAGAAACAGAAAGGGAUUGGGUAUAUCACAUAUAGCUGA